ACUGAAUGUUGAAAAAAAACUUAAAAGAAGGUUGUUUUUGUGCAAAACAAUAGAUAUUAAAAAAAGCGGGAAAAGGAGCAAUAGCUAUGGUGGCAAAGGAGCAGCAUGGGGGUACCACCGAUUCUCCUAAAGCCGUAGUGGGCGAAAUUGACACUAGGGCGCCCUUUCAGUCUGUCAAAGACGCUGUCACCCUAUUUGGGGAGGGUGCUUUCUCAGGGGACAAGCCAGCCAUAAAAAAACCAAAGCCUCAUUCUGCAGAGCGAGUUUAUGCAAAGGAUACACAGCUUCAUGUAGCCCAGAAGGAGUUGAACAAGUUAAAGGAUCAGCUAGACAACGCUGAAACAACCAAGGCUCAAGCAUUAACCGAGCUUGAAAAGGCUAAAAGAGCAGUUGAUGAUCUGACCCAAAAACUCAAAACUAUCAACGAAGCAAAAGAGUUGGCACUGAGAGCCACAGAGACUUCAAAAAAUCAAGUGAAGCAAAUUGAAGAAGCAAAUAGUGGACGUAACCAGCCAACUGAUGCUGCUAGGCUUCAGGAUUUAGAGGCUGCAAGGGAACAGUAUUUAACUGUAUUUUCAGAGCUCGAUGUUGCGAAGCAAGAACUUAGGAAACUUCGCCAGCAGUGUGAUGCAUCUUUGGAGGCAAAGCUUGCUGCUAUUACACAAACUGCUGAAGCUGAACAUUCAACCAAAGUAAACGUUGAAAAAGUUGGCGAGCUCUCUAAGGAGAUUUCAUCAAUGCAAGAAUCAAUUGGGCAAGUGAAGCUUGCUUCUCUUCAGUCCCAUGAAGAACAAACCAAAAUAUUUUCUGACAAGGACCUUCAGAAGCAGUCAUACAAGGCUACCCUAGAAGAAUCAGCGAACAAGCUUAUUGCAUUGAAGAAUGAGUUCGAUCCAGAACUUACACAGAAUCUCGAAAAGCAACUGACCGAAACAAUGAAUGAGAUAAGUGGUCUGAGAGAGCAAAUGGCCCUUGCAAAGGCCUCAGAUUUGGAUUCUGUUAAAACCGUCACUUCAGAAUUAGAUGGUGCUAAGGAGUCACUGCAGAAAGUAGUGGAAGAAGAAAGCUCUUUGAGAAGUUUACUUGAUUCGCUAAAGCUGGAGCUGGAGAAUGUGAAGAAGCAGCAUCUGGAACUCAAGGAGAAAGAGGCAGAAACAGAAUCCAUUGCUGGAAACUUGCAUGUUAAGCUACGGAAAUGUAAGUUGGAGCUUGAAGCAGCCAUUGCAGAGGAGUCCAAGGCAAGAGGUGCUUCAGAAGAAAUGAUCACCAAUCUCCACCAGUUAUCGGUGGAAUCUGAGAAUGCACGUUGUGAAGCUGAAGAGAUGAAGAGCAAAGCUGAGGAGUUGAAGAAGGAAGCUGAAGCAACACGGGUUGAACUAGAAGAAGCUGACAAGAAGCUGAAACUUGCCCUGGAAGAAGCCGAAGAAGCCAAAACAGCAGAGGUAAGGGCUCUUGAUCAGAUCAAAGCACUUUCAGAGAGAACCAAUGCCGCACGUGCCUCGACAUCCGAGUCAGGUGCCAAUAUCACAAUCUCGAGGGAUGAGUUUGAGGCUUUGAAACGUAAGGUGAAGGAGUCAAAUGAAUUGGCUGAAAUGAAAGUGGCAGCAGCUGUCGCUCAAGUGGAAGCUGAAAAGGCUAGCGAGAAUGAAGCACUUAAAAGAAUAGAGGCAAUGCAAAAGGAGAUUGAGGAUAUGAACGCUGCAACCCAGGAGGCAUUGAAGAGGGCCGAGAUGGCUGAAGCAGCUAAAAGGGCAGUGGAGGGAGAGCUGAGAAGGUGGCGAGAAAGGGAUCAGAAGAAGGCGGCUGAAACUGCUUCCCGGAUUCUGGCUGAAACUCAGGUGGCAUCUGAAGCAGCAGCAUCCCCUUUUCAUAACAGGAUGCCACCAAAGCCCGUCAUGCAGAAGCAGAACACAUUGCCACAACAAAAGGUGAUGGAGGUCCGGAAGUUGGAAAAGGGCAAGACAUCUGUAUCCAAGAAGGUACUGGUGUCCAAUCUCAGUGGGAUCUUCCAUAGGAAAAAGAACCAAGUUGAAGUGCUAGUUGCAAGGAUGGUUAGUCACGUGCUUUCUCUGUACACGGAUUGGAAUGGUCUAGUAGCACUUAUUUCUUUGAAGAGUAGUUAUGUUGUCUUGAUUUGGUAUGGAUAUGUUAGUCCAGACGAUGUGCCCAUAUUACUCGAACAACAUAUUGGCAGGGGAGAGAUUGUUGAUUGGCUAUGGAGGGGCCAGAUGGGUUUGUCAGUAGAGGACCAGAUUAGGUGGCAAGAACAACGGCUGCAACUGAAUGGGCAUGGUGAUGUGACGGAUAGCAGAGAAGUGCCACAUAGAACAACAGAUGUCGAAGCAAGUGUUGCAGCAGGCAGUGUGUCUGAAUCUGAAGCCAUUGGAGGACGCUGCCAGGAAAUCGGGAACUCUGCUUCUUACAGUCAAAAGCCUGUCUCAACAGAAACCAGCAAGCCGAAAGAAGGGAAGCUGUCUCUACUGGAGGAGAAAAAGGGCAACAAGAAGUUUAUCUCCCGUCGUAACAGUGGGAAGAAAUCCCUAGCUCAUAGAGUUUGUGGAAAGCCAACAUGGCUCGAGAGCUGGGAGCUUGAAGAUACAUAUGCAGCUGCUGCUGUGCUUUGUGCCGUUGCAUCAGUUGCCGUUGCAUACAAAUGCUAUAAACAGCUGAGUUAAAUGAUUCCAAUUGAUUUCCUUUUGUGUGUGUGCGUUUUUGUUUUUUGUUUUAUUUUUGGUUCUUUCCCUUGCAUCUUUGUGGCAUCUUUGUGGCAUCUAAUGUUCAUAAGCAAAACUCAUCAGUGCAAAGAAUCUGUAAAUGAAUCCUUUCCUGACAUUUGUUCUGGGU